AUGUCCCGGACGCUCUCGGAACGGUCGGCGGGGAUCGGUGCGGAAGACGGCCGGACGACCGAUUGGAGCGGUGGCCAGACGGGGAGGAUUGGGGCGAUCGGCGUGCAGGCUUGCACGUCACGAGAAGGAGGUUGGCGGGAGCGGCGGAGCGAAGGCGGGGCCCCUGCGGACGGCACCGGUCCCCGGGAUGGACGUCAGGCGAGCCCGUCCGGAGACGCCCAGCUGCCAAAUCACUUCUCGCAGCUGAGCGUCGAUUCACCAGCCCAAGGUGAUGAGGCCUUGAGGUUACAAAUGCAAGGCAGGCAGUAUGAUGGGAUGCGCACUUGUGAUAUUGCACAAGGCUCAGGCCCCACGAGCACCUCACGAUGGCGCUGUCAAGGAAGCCUGUACGACACAGGAGGGGUGGGUUGGGGAGACGACCAAAUGGAAGAAAAUUAUUCUGGGGAAGCGUCCUUCUGGUCAGGAUCUGAACCAGAUGGCGUGCCAGGCCCCAGCCUGAUGGAUGAUGUUGGUGAUGAAUGGGUGCGGAUCAAGGCGCACCAAAUGGUGACAGACCACUUGGUGCCCGGUUUGCCGCCCAUUCAGGCUGACGUUGUCACAGAAGUGCCCCUCUGGCUGGCCAUCCGCCUUGCAUCCUGUGAUCGGUGCGAGCUCCUCCUGCCACAGUGGGUGGGGCGAGAUCACCUGCAGGAGGUGCUUUUGAAGGAAGCCAGCAGUGAAGCAUUCAUAGUGGGGCUGCCCUUCCUCUAUUACGAAUUUUUUAGGCUGCUGUGGGCAAAGGCACGGCACGUCCUGCCCGACGGACCCCAUCUUCUGACCCUGGUGGAGCAGAUCCACACGCAGAGGCUGGUAAAGGCGGACAGGCUGGUGCCCAAGACGGACCUGGACGAUGGGGAGUUUUCCAAUCUGGGCCACGCCGAGUUGCGGAAGAUUCGGCCUGUAGUGAGGGCCAUAGCAGAGGCCAGGAGGCUGCUAUUUGAUAGGUAA